AAUAGGCUUCACGCCCGCCGGUGUGAACGGGCGUUUAACGCCCUGGGGGCGUGAAACACCGCCCCCCUCUGGGCGUGAUCGGGCUUGCGUCAAAGGAAUGACGCUGCGUCAUUCCAUUCCCCCCCCUUAACGGCUAUAUAGCCGUUGCACCCCCAAUUCAAAAAAAAAAUUCUUAUAAAUUCAAACCCCCCUCCCAAUAUCUCACAUCUUCCUUCUUCACUCUUCUUCAAUUUUCUUCCCAUAAUUUUGAAAUUACCCCCUCCCAAUUUUCAACAUGAAUCCUUCCGGCUCCGGCUUCUUUCCCGACAAUCUCGCGCCCGUCGACGCCGCGAUGUGGUAUUACCAAGAGUUGGGCGAUCGACCGCCGAUGUACGAGACGCAACAAUCGGGGUACGUCGACCGAGAUUCGGUUCCGGAGACUCAACCGGAACCGUCCGGAUCGAAAAAAAGUACACGCCGGAGGAGCCACAAAGCCAAAAGCACGUUGACCGAGGCGGCACAGUCAAUCCAAAAGUGGACGCCGGAGGAGGAGUGCAUAUUGGCGUCGGCUUGGGUUGACGUCUCCGAGCAUCCUAUCAUUGGUACGGAGCAAACGAGGGAUGCGAUGUGGGAUCGUAUCGAGGAGAAGUUCUUCACGGCGAUGAAGAAGAACGGCUCCUACCGAACCCGGGACCAACUCACUUCCAAAUGGUGCCACAUCAACAAAAAAGUCCGAAAGUUUAUGGGAGUUUACGAGGAAUGCUCCCGGUUCCGGAGGAGCGGCACGAACGACGCCGAUGUUCUCCGGCUUGCCACGACCCGGUAUCAAGACGGCAGGAACCAAGGCAAGGUGCCCAUCAAUCUUUGGAGGAUUUUGAGUCGUUCCCCGAAGUGGCAACAACUCAACAAUCCCGACGGCGGAUCGUUCCGGAAAAGAUCCACCGUCGACGUCGAGGUUGAGGUCGACGAGAUUAUCGGUUCUACCGAUCAAAUCCCUCCCUUCAACGUUGCGGAUUCCGGUGACGAGGACCCUAUUCCACGGCCGAUCGGAAGAAAGAAGGCAAAAUCCAUUGCCUCUGGUUCGGGAGGGUCCACCUCUGUUUCCGCUUCUCCCCGCGACGAAAUCGGCCGGGCAAUGAUUGAACAACUUCGGGCGUUCAAUCUCCAAGAACAAGAGAGGUUGAAGCUAAAGGAGAAGGAGUUGAAGCUAAAGGAGCAGGAGGCCGAGAUGAAAGUCAUGCAAACCAAUCCCGGGACGUUGUCGGAGUUUGGACGAAUGAUCUAUGAGCAAAGAAUGAGAGAGAUCAAGGAGAAAUAUAAUUUACCUUGGUUUUUUUAUUAAUUAUAAAAUUGUUGCACUGUAUAUGAAUAUAUUACUAUGUUUUUU